AUACUGUAUAUGCGAAUUCACCUCACCGGCCAUACACAUAGUCUUUGAUCGAGUGAUACCGCUCACAGACUGUACGUCGAACCCCAGAACUGUGAACUGGCACCGAUCCGAGACUAAUCGCCAUAUGACGAGCGACAAAGAUGGCCCAGUUGCGCCUGGAAAGACAGAACACCAUAUCUCCUUGGACCACGCCCGAAAUUUGCUGGAUGAUGUGGCAGUGCAGCAAGAAUGCCAAGGUCGAUCAGGAAGGCCGCUUGUAUGGCUCGUCGAAGGCCCUGCAGCCAGGCUAGCUGUCCAGACAUUACACUGGGUUGAUCAAGAGUUGGACGGACGGAACGAUGCACACAGAUUGGUUCUCCAGUCUACAUAUGGUGUGGUUAGAUUGCAGAACCAUCACCGGACGUUCCUCCACAGUUGUAUACUCACUGUCGCUCAAGUGGGUGGAUACUGGCUGAUUCGAAACCACGAAAUCUCCCAAGACCGCAUUCCCCACGGCGACAGGAAUCCUUUCACAUACACUGGAGUACCAGGAGUUAAACCAACAGGCGUCUUCGUUAUAUGUGCACUGCUAUACGGUGUAUUCGCGAUGCUACAAUACCACAUCAAUCGGGCGGACUACUUCCAGCAACUUUGUUUGAUCAUUGGACUUGCAGCAGGCCUUUUACUCAGUUCGUCGAUUCCGUUCGCCGUAGCAGAAUCGUCGGUAUCGAUACACACCCUUGCAGCUACAACCAGCGUGGCCAUGGCAUGUAGUGCUUAUGGACAUUGGACAUGGCGGACGUUCUUCAGCACGCGAGAGAUCAGGCUGGAGAAGAUACUCGCAGAGUGGGGAGAUGAUGCGCAGGACAUGGACAUGAAUGGGCAUGUCAUAAGAUUUUGCGAGCUGCCUUGACCAGCUGCAAUAUUGAUUGUGAUAGUCAAUGGUAAAUAUACUGGAGUAUGGUGUCAGUGUUCUAUCAUCUAGAGGAACGAACGCUUCG